GUCGCGAAUGACUUCACGCUCUGUCAUGGCUGCACGAGACAUAAACAUGCCAGUGGUCCUUUAAUUUAGACUUUAAUUCAAACGAGAGCGAUGGUUAGAACCGCUACCAUAACAGGUCGCUUCGCCAUAUGAAAUCGGUUGUUGGGUUUUUUGCGUGGCUGGUGAAGUGUUAGAUCGCUGUUGUAGUUCAUAGGAAGGAUCCAAUCAUGCAGACUGAAGCCGUGCUGGAGCAUCACAGCGGCUCACAGAGUUCAGGCAGGACGGGCUCCAAAUCCUGGCAGUACAGUGACCUAAUGGAAAAAGUGGAUGGAUAUUUGAUGAAAUACACCAAUCUGGUGACUGGAUGGCAGUAUCGAUAUUUUGUGCUUAACAAUGAGGGUGGUCUGCUAGAGUACUUUGUGAAUGAGCAGUCCAGGAAUCAGAAGCCCCGGGGCUCGCUGCCGUUAGGCGGCGCAGUGAUUUCCCCCAGCGAUGAAGAUUCACACACCUUCACCGUCAACGCCAUCAGCGGAGAGCAAUACAAACUCAGAGCCUCAGAUGCAAAGGAGAGACAGCACUGGGUCAGCCGACUGCAGGUCUGUGCACAGCAUCACACAGAAGCGAUGGGCAAGACAAACCCACCGCUGCAGUCUCGCAGUCUCUCCAUGGCGUCUCAGGGCAGUGGCAGCUCUCCAGGAUCUCAACACAGGAUCAGCCAGAACUCAAACGCUCUGCUGGGCCUGUCCCAGCUCCAGCGUGGCUCCUCUCUCUACUCCAGCAGGAAGUCACUGCUGCCCGAUCACUUGCUGGAGGCCAGAGAGAUGAUGACCCAGGCCCAGGGCCAGCACAGAGACUUGAUCCAGACCAUUGAGGGUCUGCCCUCCUCCCAGGGACCCUCUCCCUUGGACCAAGACCUGCUGCUGCUGAAAGCCACAUCUUUGGCCACCAUGACCUGCCUCAGUGACUGCCUGCAUAUCUUGCAGCUCCAACAAGUCGCUAGGCAGAAAUUUCCUCUCAGCGGCCCUGCCCUGGAGUGGCUGGAGCCGAAACUUCCCGAUAUCCUGAAGAAUGGAGGGACGCUACCCAGCAUCACCAAAGAUGACGGCAAAACAGAGGGAGCUGUUUUGGAACCUUUAGAAAUGGACUCCUGUGAUAUUGUUUUGGAGCAGGAGGAGAUUGAUGCCACGCAGGAGGUGGACGACUCCUCUCCAUCAGAGGAGGAGGAUCUGGGUGCUGUGGAAGAGGAGCGCAGCGUCAUUCUGCACCUCCUCUCUCAGCUUAAACUGGGCAUGGACCUCACCAGGGUGGUCCUACCGACUUUCAUCCUGGAGAAGCGCUCUCUUUUGGAAAUGUAUGCAGACUUCAUGUCCCAUCCUGACCUUUUCGUGGCCAUCACCGACGGCUCCAGCCCGAUGGACCGCAUGGUUCGAUUUGUGGAGUAUUAUCUCACUUCCUUCCACGAAGGUCGCAAAGGUGCCAUUGCCAAGAAGCCCUACAACCCCAUCAUCGGAGAGACUUUUCACUGCUCUUGGAAUGUGCCCAAAGAGGCAGCAUCUCCAACAGCCCUCCCCAAAGAGGGCUCCUCGUGUGCAUCAGACUGUUAUAAUGUCCGCUUUGUGGCUGAGCAAGUUUCCCAUCAUCCACCUGUGUCAGGCUUCUACGCAGAAUGCCAGGAGAGACAGAUGUGCGUCAACACGCAUGUAUGGACCAAGAGCAAGUUCAUGGGCAUGUCUAUUGGUGUCUCUAUGAUUGGAGAAGGUAAUCUAAACCUACUGGAGCAUGGAGAAGAAUACACUUUCAGUCUGCCCUCUGCCUAUGCCCGCUCGAUCCUCACCGUGCCCUGGGUUGAGCUGGGAGGAAAGGUCAAUGUCAACUGCACCAAGACAGGCUACUCUGCAGUCAUUACCUUCCAGACAAAGCCUUUCUAUGGGGGCAAACUCCACAGAGUGAAUGCCGAGGUCAAACACAACUCCACCAACGCAGUGGUGUGCCGCGUGCAGGGCGAGUGGAACGGUGUGCUGGAGUUUGCCUACACCAGUGGGGAGACACGCAUCGUAGAUGUUACCAAACUCCCCGUCACCAGAAAAAGAGUACGACCCAAUGAGCUGCAAGGACCCUAUGAGUCCAGGCGACUUUGGCAACAUGUGACCGAGUCUCUGAAGGAACGGGAUAUGGAUAAAGCCACCGAACACAAGCGCUUCCUGGAGGAGAGACAGAGGAAAGAGGAGAGGCAUCGUGCUGAGACACAGACACCAUGGAGGACCAAAUAUUUUGAACGCAAAGGUGAAGGCUGGAUGUAUUACCAACCACUGUGGAAAACAGCAGGCCAGAGCUCUUCCUCAGCCCCCCCUCCACAAAACCCAUGAUCUCUGACCCGUUAAGAGCUACAUCCAGGCAAUGUAAACCUCUGGUCUCACAGAAGAAGACAUAUGCUCUCCGUUGUAUGAUUCCUGAAACAUUACUUCAGUUUGAGUGUUUCUUACACGCUUUGUGGACUUGCGGGUUUGCACUCUGAUGUUUAUAUUUUGCAUCCCUCAAUGGUAAGAUUUCUUUUUUUUUUUUUUUUGUAGUACCUACACCGUCAAUGAUUUUUCCGGUUAUUCUUUGUUGAUGUUGCCUUAACGAGUGUCGUAUGUAACGAGCGCUGAGUACAGCGUGACGAUUCUUAACGUGCGAUGGUGUUUGAGGUGAACUUCUUAAUCUAACCAUACUGUGGUGUACUGUAUUUUGACCACGGCGCGGUCAAAGUUUUCUGAUUCUUUUAAAAUCGUAUAUGACUUAUCAUGAUUUAUAUGAUAUCAAAUGAAAUCCAGGAAGGUGGAGGCUGGUGAAGAUGCGAGCUGGUAAUGCUUAGCGGAGCCAGACGCAGUUUAUAGUCUUGAUGAUCGAGAACCUGUCAUCUUGGCUUUCGUAUUAUUAUGUCUUUUUUUUGUUCUCGUCGAAGCUUGCCAGAUGAAGUCUAGUGUUCGAAUAAUGGCCUGCUCUUUUGUUUCUGCUUGAUGUUUGGUGAAUGGUUGUGUCGGCUACUGAUUCAGAGAGAUUUUAAAGGGAUAGUUCACAUAAAAAUGGCAAAAUUCUGUCAUAUUUACUCACCUUUGUUGCUAUUACUGCUAUGGAAACGUAAAUGGCCAUUUAAUUGAAUGUUUUUCUCUGGAUUUAGGGUGUUCUAACUGAUAAUGUUUUGAUUUGAACUUUAUAAGAGAUGUUUUCAGUCAUAUAUAGCAGUGUUUCUCAACCACGUUCCUGGAGGACCACCAACACUGCAUGUUUUGGAUGUCUCCCUUGUCUGUCACACCCAUUACAGGUCUUUCAGUCUCUGCGAAUGAGCUGAUGAUCUGAAUGAAGUGUGUUUGGUUAAGGAGACAGGGAAAAUGUGCAGAGCUGGUAGUUCUCCAGGACCAUGGUUGAGAAACACUGAUUUUUAGAAUAAAACAAGUAAACAUUUUUCUCAAAUCCAUAUCAUGGAAAUUAAGUGGAUUUUUUUUCCCAUAGCAGUAGAUUCUUAUAGAAUAUCCAUCCAAUAUCCUAAAAAAAAUGACACGGCGGUGAUUAAAUGUAAAUGAAUUUUCAUUUUUUUGGUUGAACUGUCACUUCAAUGCUUUCAUAGAGCACUUUAACAUUUUAAACUUUAGAACAGAGCCUAAUCUUCUAUAUAUGCACAGUCUCUUGUAAACGCAACCUGAUCAGACAGUAUUAUUGGAAAUGUUAAAGCAAUCUGAUCUAUCAAAGUCAUGCGUGGUAUAAUUUCUUGAUGAAUUCAGACCACUAUACUUUCCACUUAGAUUCUACCUCGAUUGACAUUGAUAAUAGACUUUUUUAAAGUUGUAUAUUCACCCCAAAAUUAAAAACUGGACAUGAUUUUCUCACUUUCUUAACUUAUGUAGCUUGUAUGACAUAUUAAAAGUCUUCUGACAUUGACAUUUAAAGGGAUAAUUCACUCAAAAAUGAACGUUUUGGUCAUUUUACACAAGCUUUACUUGUUCAAAACCUAGUUGAGUAUUUUCUUCUGUUUUGAAAAAUGCCAGUUUCUGUCAUCAAUUGACUUCCAUAGUAUUUUUCCCUAUUAUGGAGAUUAGUGGGUGCCAGCAACCAGCAUUUUUCAAAAUAUCUCCUUUUGUGUUAAAUAGAAGAAAGAAACUCAUAAAGAUUUAAAAGUGUAUAUGAGGGAGAAUAAAUGAAGUCAUUUUCAUCAUUCCUUUAAUUUAUAUUAUGUUAUUGUUAAAAAAAUAAUUAUGUAAUUUUUAGAUUUUGGUUUACCCGGCUGAAUAAUAAGAAUAAUGUAAAAUCAUCCUGUUUUGUUUGAUCAUAUUUGGUGUCCGAUCUGGUAAGCAAAAAAUACCAGCUCGGUUUUAGAAAAGUUUUCAGCACUUUUCAACUGGGUGGACUGGAAAACUAGGUAAGAUUAAAAAAAACUGGACAUGAUUUUCUCACUUUCAAGUUAUGUAGUGCAUAUGAUGUAUUAAAAGUCUUCUGACAUUGAAAUUUAAAGCCGUAAUUCACUCAAAAAUGAACAUUUGGACAUUUUACACAAGCUUUACUUGUUCAAAACCUAUUUCAGUUUCUUUCUUCUGUUAAACACAAAAGAAGAUACUUUGAAGGCUGGCACCCAUUGACCUCCAUAGUAUUUUAUGUCCAGCAUUUUUCAAAAUAUCUUCUUUUGCGUUCAACAGAAGAAAGAGACUCAUACAAGUUUAAAGCUGUAUGAGGGAGAAUAAAAAAAUUACCUCAUCAAUUAUCUCAUAUCAUUUAAAGAUCUGUCUGUAACUACUUUGAUUUUUUUGGUCUAUUCUGCUUCAAAAAAAUAAUAAAAUAUAAAUAAAUAAAUAAAAUAAAAAAAUAAAAAUAAAAUGAAACAAACAAUAAUAAUAAUAAUAAUAAUAAUAAACUAAAAUUAACCUGUUGUGCUUAAUCUUAGUUGGUCUCCAAACCUGGUCAGCCAAAAACACCAGCCUGGUUUUAGAGAAGUUUUCACCACUUUCAACUGGGUGGAUUGGAAGACUAGCUAAGACCAUCAAACUUGUUUAGGCUGGUUUUUCAGCACUUCUAUUGAACACAAAAGAAGAUGUUUUGAAAAGUGCUGGUUGCUGGCACCCAAUGAUUUACACAAUUGGAAAUAAAAUACUAUGGAAGUCAAUGGGAGUCUGCAACUGGCAUUUUUUCAAGGCUGUUUUGCUUGAUCAUAGUUGUUCUCCAAACCUGCUCAGCCAAAGACACCAGCCUGAUUUUAGAAAAGUUUUCACCACUUUCACACUGGAAGACUAGCUAAGACCACCAAACUAGUUUAGUCUGGUUUUUCAGCAGGUUAUUAAAACCAUCAUGUGGGUUUUUGGAAGUCUGUGGUACAUAUUCACUUUGCCUAUAAGGGAAAAGAGCAACCCUUUUCCUAGAAGAUGAGCUUUGGAACAGCAUGAAGGUGAAUAAAUGAUUCCAGAACUUUCAUUUUUGAGUGAAUCGGAUUUAGGACGCGUUCCUUUAAAAUAAAUAAUAAAAACAGAUUAUAUUUUUAGUUGGCCGGUCAUGUUAGUGAGACGUUUUGUUUCUUUUUUUCUUUUCUUUUUUAGAAAUGUAAGGAUUCAGAGAUGUUGAAACAGUUGUUUUUAUCAGCUUCAUCGUUCGGUCUGCCAGCAGGGAACAGUUGGAGUGACGGUGCUGGCUGAAAGUCUCGCAUCUUUCAUGUAAAUCUCUGCUUCAAGCUCUUGGCAUUGGUUGCGCUGAGAAACUCUUGGUGCCUUAUUUGUGUUCGUCUUCCUUGUUCCACUUCACACAGCCGUCAGCUUAAUCAUUAUAACAAGAGUACGAUCGAAGCCACAGCCUUUGUACAUAUCUACUUUCGUUUUCCUGUCAGCAACGUACACUCAAGUCAUUCUGCUGAGCCAUCGACUGCACUGAUGUUUUAAAGACACUCCCUGUAGCCUCACAAGAUAUGAUUGAACAAAUAAAAUUGUUAAUAUAUUGGAGGAGUUCAGGUGUUAGUCAAAUUUUUGUUGUUGUUGUUGACUCUUUGAUGCAAAAAGAUGAUUGAGCUUCGUGUCAUGCUGAAUGUCAUUGUGCUCUUAUCUAAUUAUAAUUCUGCAUGCAGCUUUGUGGUAUAGCAUUAAUUUUAACAAACUUUGGGACAUUUCAGGAUCUAAGAAUGUCACAAUAGAUGCACAAUUUGUCAAUGUGUAUCCCUCUUUUAAAAUGUGUAUUCUUUUCAGAUUAUUUCCCAAUUAUUAUUUAGUGGAGAGAGAUUUUUCAAUACAUUUUUUAACAUAGGGGAGAGCGGGGAUAAAAGUAACAAAGCGAUUUUCUCGAAGCCCUGACAGUAUUUGCUUUCCAGGCUAUAACAGCACAUUCAACAUGCAACCCUUGAUGGAGCUGCCAAAAAUCAUGUGAUAUCGGGACCGUGUCCCACACUUAGCUCCAAAUUUCUGUUUACAAGUGCAAAAAGUAAAUUAUUAUAGCGGUUCUUUUUAUCUUAUUACAAGUUGUGUUUCCCUUUUCAUGCAUCACAGUAAUGAUCAAUCUACAGGUUAUUUAGCGCAAUAACACAUCCUGAAGUUAGCAAUGUCUGAGUUUUUGAGUUUAAAAGUAAAUCAGGUUUAAAUGGCAAGAGUUCCUGUGGGGACGAAAGUAACACUCUUAUUCAUGUCUCACUGCUAAUAGACCUAUCUUAUUUUUCACUUCCACAUUAGAGUUUGCAGUGUUUUGAUUCAUAUGUUUUUAUAAAAUUAAUGCAUAUUGCC